AUGCCAGGCGAUAAACAACAACAAGAUGACAUAUUUAAAGAUAUACUACCGUAUUUAACGAACACUAUAAGAUCAUCGACUGGAUUAGCUGCUCAAGAUAUAAAUUUUUAUAAAUCAAUAGAUUCUAAUUUGAAUGAAGAUAUAACAAAUCAAUCAAAACGAUUAUUAAAUAUUUCAAAUAAUUUAAUUAAAUGUUGUAAUAAUUCGUAUAAUUUAGAGUAUGGAGUUGAAAAUGUUAUUGAUAAAUCAUGGAAUGGUAUAAGUCAUAUAUUUGAUUCGAUUUUUGAAAAAUUAGAUUAUGAAUUUGAUCAAUUAAAUAAUAAAAAUCAAAAGGGUAAAGAAUUACAAUAUCUAGAUGAUGGAAAGAAAGAAAUAUAUUCUGGGAAAGUUCAAGAUAAACCACAAUUACAUUUUAAAACACCAAUAGAUAACUCGGAGUCAACUCCAUUUAAACCAAAACUUAAAAUUAAACCAAAUUCAUUAAAACCAUUAAAUGAAAAUCUUAUAAAUCCAGCACCAGUAUAUGAAGAUUCAAUUGAAAUUAUAGAUUCUUCAUAUUAUGAACAACCUUAUUCUUAUGAAAUUGAAAAUCAACCAUAUCCUUCAAGUAUACUUGAAAAAUCAGAACCUAUACCACCGAAAAAUUGGAAUGAAACUGAUGCUAUAUGGGUAGAUACGGUUGAAGAACUAAAUAAAAUGAUUGAAAGUUUAGAAUCGUCUACUGAAAUUGCUGUUGAUUUAGAACAUCAUGAUUAUAGAUCAUAUUAUGGAUUAGUUUGUCUUAUGCAAAUAUCAAAUAGACAACAAGAUUGGAUAAUAGAUACAUUAAAAUUAAGAGAUGAAUUAGUGGUUUUAAAUGAGAUAUUUACAAAUCCACAGAUUAUCAAAGUUUUUCAUGGUGCUUUUAUGGAUAUUAUAUGGUUACAACGCGAUUUAGGUCUUUAUAUUGUUUCAUUAUUUGAUACAUAUCACGCAUCAAGGCAAUUAGGAUUUCCUAAACAUUCAUUAGCUUAUUUAUUGGAAGCUUUUGCAAAUUUUAAAACAUCAAAGAAAUAUCAAUUGGCAGAUUGGAGAAUGAGACCUUUAAGUACUCCAAUGAAAUCUUAUGCUAGAUCAGAUACACAUUUCUUAUUAUAUAUUUUUGAUCAAUUGAAAAAUCAACUUAUUGAACAAGAUAAAUUAAGUCAAGUAUUGUAUGAUUCAAGAAUGGUUGCGAUCCGAAGAUUCGAGUAUACAAAAUAUAGACCAUUAAUAAAUGGAAAUAAUGUAUCAUGUCCAAUAAUGGCACAAAAUCCAAAGGAACCAUAUAAUAAUAUAAUUAUACAAUAUAAUGUACCUAGGUUUAAAAAACAUAUAGUUGAAAUAUUGUACAAUUGGAGAGAUAUAAUUGCUAAAGAAGCAGAUGAAAGUGUUAGAUAUAUAAUGCCUAAUCAAUUAUUAGUUUCUAUUGCAAAUUUGAAUGCUCCGGUUGAUACAAAUAAGAUAUUAAAUUGUUCAACUUAUGUUUCUGAAUAUGUUAGAUUGAAUGCAAAAGAACUUGCCGAAUUGGUAAACAGAGCAAUUAAAGAUAUUGAAACUAAUGAUUGGGAAAUGGUAGAUAGUUGGAAUAAACCAAUAGAAGAAACAAGAACUGUUGAUGUUAAAGAUAUUGAAAAUGUAUUUAAUUUAUUAAAGGAAAAAGAGGAAAUAUUUGAAGCAACAUUGUUGAAAGAAAGUUCUAGAGUGUUUAACGUACAUGAUAAUUUAUUGAGUUUGGAAAUUACAGAAAAUGGAAGUAAAAAAAAUGAUUUAUCACAAAAAGUCAUUGAUUAUUCACUAUUAGAAGAGAAACCAGUACAAUUACAUAUUGAAGAAAUACCCGAAGAGAUAGAAGAAGAAGUCAUAGAAGAACAACCACAACCAGAAUUAAAAGGUAAAGAUACAUUAUUUACUAAAACUCAUACUGAUGAAUUAAUCACACUUAAGAAGAAGAAUGCAAAACAAGUACAACAUCAUAAAAAACAAGAUAACACCGCCAGAAUUGAUUUUGCAAAUGCUGAUAAGAUAUUAAUAACUGAUAACAAAAAGAAAUUUGAUAAGAAUAGAAAACGUAAAUCAUUUGAUCCAUAUGGUAAAGAUGGAGAUGGGCCAAAACCAGUUAAAAGAGCUAAACCAAACACACAAGGUAAAACAUCAGUUUAUAGAUCAAAGAAGUAG